AUGCCUUUACAUAUACGUGGACACUACGCCGCUGCUGACAAUGGUAAUCGCGUUGUUUCUCUGGAGGCGAUUCCCGAACUACCAUCACAAGCUGACAACGACUUGGUCAUUGGGAGAGCAUCUGAUAAAAUGAUACUUGCCGAGUUAUCCGCUGAGGAGGUGCUAAACUCUACCGCCAUCACCGUCGUCACUGAUGAAGACUUUACGGAGAACGGAAAGAAUCUGACAGCCGACCUAAGCACUGAGGCGACACCACGACGUCCACAGUUCGAGUUCAUGCCGCAAUUCGAGCACAGCUCCUACGAUUUCAUGGUUCCCGAAGGAUCAAAUCCAGUUUCCACCGUGUUGGCGGUGAUCUCGUACUUAGGACGGAAAGAUCAACCGACACCAAUUUUUAAGAUUUCAUUUGAUCGUAUGAGAUGGUUCGAAGUUGGCGAUGUUAUGAGGAAGGAGGCAAGUUUACUAGACAACUACAUUGAAUACAAGGUGACAAUAAAUCAGCGUCCAGAUGUGUAUGUACAGUACAGCUUGACGAAAAAUGGUUCUUACAAAUUCUCAGUUGAGGCUCAUGAUGCAGGGACCAUGCAUAUAGCAAAUAUUCGUGUGGACGUAAUUUCGCUAUCACCGACCACUCGUCGAAGCACCACCACCCCGGCGUCAACCACGCCGAUUGUCGAAUCCACGACAACGGGGACUUCCCGGAAAAUUUUAGAAUUUACCACACCUUUAAUAACUACUACUAAAAGUGUGGAGAGUACACUUGAAGCAGAACAAAGUACCGAGAACAUAUUGAGGUCGUCGACGGUCGUUGAUGGUGGUUCCGCAGAGUCAUCGCCUUUGCCGUCUACAACGAAAACAACAGCAGUAGAAUUUACGGAAAUUUCUCUUGAGGACCAAACACUGAUGAGUGAAACAGGCAGUAAAGAGGCGACUACCUCAAGAGGAGUGGAUGCAAGUUCAACUGAAGAUCCUGACUUUACGCUUCCAACCACUACCGCUGACAUUUCAACCACGGAAUCACCUUCUACACUGCUCCUGCAAAGUAUGGACGACGAUAUCCCUGUUGUUCGAUUCGGAUCUGCUAGUCACUCGGAGAAAAGUACCAGCGAAAGUACAACACCAGAAGAAAAUCUUAUGUUCACCACUGAAGUCAGCAACAUGAAGGAUGAAGAAGGGUCUGGAGAAUCCACAGAGUUCAGUACAACCGCGAAAGACACCGAAGAGUUGAAAAUCGUCAUCGAAGGCACCAAAGAAGGAGAGUUCAAAGUCAAGAACUCAAUUGGAAAGGGAGACAUGGUCAGAGGUCUUGCUGUUUCGAUUCUUUCCAAUUCAAAGCACAAUCCGUUCGCAAAGCUAUCGCUUGAGGGUUCGCAAGCUUUUGACAUACGGCCAAAACUACUGUACUCCGGAAGCAAAGCUUAUCUCUUUGCCAGAGAGCUUCCUGAGACGAACACUCCAAUUGUUGUUACGAUAAUCGCAGAAGGAGAGAACUCGUUAGAUACAAAAACAAUCAAAAUCACAACCACUUCACCACCUCGCGGCAACACGAACGAUAAGGAUGUCUCGAGUUCUGGAGAACGAACGGUCGAUAUUGUUGAAUACAACUUCUCGAUUUCCGAAAAUGCACCGUCAGGUUCAACGGUUGGUCAGAUCGAGGACGGAUCAGGGAAGAAAGUGGUUGGACCUCCUGGAUUGUUCUCACUACUUGGAUCAGACCUGAUACUGUCCUGUCCGGAUGAGGGAAGCUGCUUGGAUUACGAGGCAGAGCGAACUCAUCAUGUGUUAUUGAUUGAUGCACAAGGAAGGGCAUCCGCUCCUAUUCAUGUGAAGAUUAACGUACAGGAUGUUAACGACAAUCGACCACGCCUUGACGCUUCGGAUAACUUCAUUCGACUUUCUAAUAACAAACUAAUUAUGCCGUUUCUUGUUCAGGUGGUGGAUGCGGAUGCAGCGACCACCAACGAUAACCAGUUGUCGCUAUCUGGAACAGCCGCCUCUUUUCUUGCCUUAUCCAAAAUUUCCGAAAAUCUUUAUCAGAUAAACGUAGUAGGCUUCGCGCCGCAUGGCGUUCAUCAACUGGAAAUAAGUGUUUCUGACGAGAAGUCCUCUGACAAAAUUAUCGUAGAAGUUCAAGUGCAGAACACUCGGUCUCAUGCUCAUUUUAGAAGACAGAAAUAUUCAAGAUCGAUCACAGCAGACAAAAUACAUGAAGGGAAUCAGUUAUUGCAAGUGGAAUUAGAAGGUGUACCAAUUGACGAAGCUCGUUUUGUGAUUCUUCACGGGAACCCUGGUUGGCUGAGCAUAGACGAUUACGGUGGACGAGUUGGAAUAGCAAAAUUUAUCAGAAAUGUUCAAAUGGGUGAUUAUUCGGUGGAAAUCGGUGCCGUCGAUCGUCAAAGCAACGUUCUCCUGGCUCAAACUCGUCUUGAAAUUAAAGUUAUCGGUGGAGCUGAAUCUGAGAAGAAAAUAUUCCAGCAAAAUUUCUACGAGAAGACGGUGGAUCGCGAAGAAUCAAACCGAUUUUCUGUUCCAUUCAAAACUUUCGAGAACUAUCCGGUGACUGUGGAGUCGACGUUCGCCAUAGACGAGAACGGCCAACAGAAGGAAUUCGGAAAGGAGCAUAUAGAAAUUGUUGGACAAGAGGUUGUGUUCAGGAAGUCUGCGCUAACAAAACUACGAGCAGUCAGCGUAGAAUUGUCGUCAAACGGCGAAAAAGUACGAGAGGACUGCCGACAGUGCGGAAACGUUAACCCGUCAUAUGCUGCUGCUGUUAUGCUGCCGUUUUCGGUUGACUGGCAUCCACCACAUGACAAGAACGGCGCAGAACUGGAGAAGAUGUUCAUGGAGUUGGAUGUGACAAAUGAGGGGAAUGGGAAAGCAAAUAAAUUAGAAAAAGGCCCAGUUCACAAAGAGGGGUAUUGUGAGGAGGAAGGAGCAGUUACGACUUGGAAACCUCACGACUUACCCUCUACCAUAAGCAUUGCUGAGGAGCUCCCCGCCGGGCACGUUGUUUACUCCCUCCCAGCGAUCAACCCGAUGGAUGGAUCACUUGUCCCCGUCACAAUGCAAGGCGACAUGGAAAGGGCGUUCACCUUUGACCCUAGCACAGGUGCAAUUUCAAUCGCUCAUCUGUUGGAUUUUGAGUCAAUGGCUCCGAAUGACCGUACCUUCUCGCUCACUUUCAAGGCUGGAUUGGACGGCUAUGAAUCAAUGGCAGAACUAAGGAUUACAGUAACUAACGUAAAUGACAGUCCACCAAUGCUGGAAAAAGAGGGAGUACAAAAUGAGUUAGCCAUCCCAGAAAAUCUUCCUCCUUCGACCAUUAUCGCUCGUCUUCAAAUCAAAGAUAAAGACGAUCCUUUAAAUCUAGAAAACUACGUGGCAGAGAAAUCUGGCCACGGCAGUGAGCUGUACACUGUUUCCGUAAUUAACGGCUCCUUUGUCGUUGCGGUGGCAGAAAAUGCGACGUUGGAUCGGGAACAGUUAGAGAGACAGACUGUACAUUUGACUGUGAAGGAUGGAGCUGGAAAUCAGGAUUCAGCAACGCUGUCGAUUCGGCUUCUGGAUGUGAACGAUAACGCUCCACGCUUUUCACAAGAUCAAUAUGCUAUGCAAGUAGUUGAUAACUGGCCACCUGGUAUCAUUGUGGAUCGGAUGCGGGCUAUCGAUGCGGACAGUGGAAAGAAUUCGCAUGUGAUCUAUUCACUGUCAACUGAGAACGCAAAGAAUUUCGCCAUCGAUGCCGUAACUGGAGAGUUGUCAAUAGGGAGAGAACUUGCUGGUGUAGCUCGAGAACAACCAUACGAAUUGGUUGUUGUGGCCGAGGAUGCAGGCACUCCUAGUCUCAGCUCAUCGGUACGAAUAAAAUUGAAAGUGAGUGAACCGCUUAUGGAUGGGGACGAGAAAGGACAGGUUUAUUUCAUCAAUCCAUCGGUUGAAUACACUCUUAAAGUGAAGGAGGAUACGCCAAUAAAUGAACACAUCUACAAUGUGAAAGCUCGUAUGGCAGGUGUAGGAGAGGAAAGAAUGAAUAUCAAAUAUUCUUUAAAGGAUACCCUGAACGAUGUUCAAUAUUUCGACAUUGAUGAGUCUUCCGGAGAAAUUUACGUCACAAGAGCUUUGGACUAUGAAAGCACGAAAUAUUACUCAACACGUAUAGACAUCGAUGUUCUUCCCAUACUCGGACCCGCUUUUCGCUUCCUUGUUCUUAGCAGACGUCUUACGUCAUAUCCGGAAAAUUCGCGCAUUCAGAGCGGCCUCUCUUGGAUCAACAGACUUGGAGAGCCACUGUUGACAUCCGAGUUCGUUUACGAUCGUGAACUCGAGCCAGCUGCCGCAUCUUCGGGUAGCCGAUCUUUCAUUCUGACAGAGGAUCCGUCUGAGAAUGGAUAA